AAUAUGAAUGAAGUUUUCAACACAUGUUUGAAUUGAAUAUGUUUUGUAAACAUUAAUUUGAAAUCAUUUAACAAUGAAUUCAUUAAAAGUAUUCAAAUUAUAUCACAAAUGUAUUCAUUCAAUGAAUAUAUUGAGUCCUCCGAUGACCACAAAGUGUUUUGUCCGCACACUUCUUAGUCAAUCCUAUAACUGUGACAAUCAAUGGGAGGCCCGACUCGAUAACGAUUUGUUGUCCAAAAUCAAUGCCCAGUCCUUCUUCAAUGAACUGAAUCAGAGAUAUCAGAAGAAACUAAGAGUGACUGCAGUAGACAUUGAUUUGUUUGCCAAUAGUGUGACUCGUGAGGAACAGUUGGAAGAGUUACAGCAUUUAGUAUUUCAAUUGAGACGAACCAAAGAGACUGUCAAUACAUUGGACUCAACUCAUCACUCCUUUUGUAGGAUUUUUCUUAAGUACCGACAAACGGAACAAUUAGUCAAAAUCAUUAGCAAUCGCAUUGGUUUUGGUAUAUUUCCCGACCAAUUCUGUUAUAACAUGAUUUUGGAUCAACUAAUUGAGGACAAGAAUGUGCGAAAUGCAGCCAAAGUGUCCACUCUUAUGAUGGCUCAGGAAGAAGAAGGUACCAGUUUAUCACAAAUACUGAGCUUAUAUGCGGUUCACAAAUACAUUAAUGGAAAUUAUGACAAAAAUGAAUGGUUUAAUAGCGAAGAACUCGAAAGAUUGACCAAAGAGAGUGAACUCUAUCCGAAUGCGUGCACCGAUAGAGCAGUCAUUACCACUGAUGACAACGAUGAAGAAGUGCGUUAUAUACGAGUGCCUUAUAUUAGAAACGAGUAUUUUGAUGAUCACUUUGAUCUUCGAGAUCCCAAUCAUUUGUGUGGUAAAACACUUUACUUUUUUAGUCAAAAAUUUGAUGAUAUUGUCGGCAGAAGCUAUCAAAUAAUUGGUUUGAUUUUAUAUGAAAAAUGGGACAAAUGUUUACAUUUAUUAGAAGUAUUAUCAAAAAAUAAACAAAAUGUUAUCGUAAAAGAAGUGGUCGAUAGAGUCGAUCAGUUAAUUAACUCUAUUAGUGAAGAAAAUUCUGAUAAACAGAAAUUAUUAGAUAUUAAAAAAGUUUUGAAUGAUAUGAGCAGUGGAUCACAAAUAGUAGACCAAAAUUUAGAUGAAUUGGUUUCAGAAAAAUUAAAACAUAUAAAGGAUUUGGAGAAACAAGAUAUGCAAUUAAUGACCAAAUUAUUCAUAGACUGGGAAAAUGAGAGGCAAUUGGCACUCAAUAAACAAAUUGAAGAACUUUUUAGAGAAGAGAAAAAACGAGAAAUCGAAGAGAAGAAGAGGGAAUUGCAAAUGACUUCACGUAAAGUAUAUUUCUUUGAGAACUUUACCAAACAUGAGAUGGAUUUCUCUGAAGCCGAACGCAAAAUACAAGAACUUAAAGCCAAAACUGUGGUCGAAGAAGACUAUAUUCCUCCAGAAACGUACUAAUUAUAUAUAAAAUAGUAAUAAUAAAUAAAAGCUUUUUGUAGUGA